ACAAGCAGACGCUGGUUAGACACACAGACACACACACACACACACACACACACACAGACAGACACAGCCAUGAUCCUGAUGGGUCGCACUUUGUGUCUUCCUUCUCCAGCCACCGUCCAGGAGCUGUUUUCUGUGGCUCGAGACGCCAGCAUCAUCCCUGAUAUCUCCUUGGAUCCCGUCCUCACCACCUUCCUCUCGCUUGACUCUUCAGCCGCUCUGCAGCACCAAUAUGCCUUCUUACAGCGGAGCAUGAGUGGGGAGCAGCAGGCUGCAUUCGGCCUCAACUUGACUGGAGAGCUGGGAGGCAGCAGCAGGGUCACUUGUGGAGGAGUCGGGGUUGUUGCUCUGGCUCUGUCUGUGCUUUUUGAGCAGGUUGCUCAUCAAGUCCGAGCACAGAGAUCCACAGAGGGGGAUCCAUCAGCUCAGAGAUCCCGGGCUAAGAGGAUUUUUGGUAUCAGCAGUUCUUCACGAAUCGGCUGGAUCAUCCACAGCUACCUCCGCCGGGUCCCCGGCGAUGCCAACAACCAGGAGAAGAUGGCCGAGACCACGGAGCUCCACGACAACUGGCUGAAGCUUGAGCUGAUUGACCAUUAUGAGAGGAUGACCACGAAGAAGAGGAUGGGUUCAGAGUCCAUGCAGCAGUGGUUGGCAGGAGCUGCGUUCCAUCUGCACAUGAGGAUUCACCAGGUUCGUCUGAAUUCUGUGCCUCUCGGAUCAGCCGAGUCGCUGCGUCUGUCUUAUAAGACGGCGUUCGGUCGCCUGGUUCAGGGCUACACAGCCUAUCUGCACAGAAACAUCCAGGAGACUCCAGGAGCCCGAAAACCCAGAAGCAGGACAGCCGGUGGACUGGGACAAACAAACACAUUUAGCAGAACCAAUAUGACCUGUUUACCUAAUCACAUUUUUAAUGAUAGCUUGGCUAAUAUCUCUACAGAGACUGCCACACCCAAUUCAACUGCUGACAUCAACAGAAGUUGUGAAACAGACAUAUCCAGUGAAGACUUUGGACGCAAUGUGUCAAACAGAAGUGAUGUGGUGAAAAGAAAGACACUCAACAAUAUGUCUGGAUAUAGCAGCGAUGAUGGCGUUCAGGGUCUGUUGGUGAUUGAGCCGUGCAGGAAUGUGAGUCACAAAGUGCAGCAUCACCCCUGUGAGUCUCCGGCCAUACAACAAGCUUUGGUGACGCGCAUUAUGAACGCUCAGGACCUAGAGCGGAACAGAAACUUUUUCCAGUUCGCUGAGAAAGUUCUCCACAGCCUGCUUAGGCAGAGGGACGACUUUGAGCUGAAGACAAAUUAGACAGAAAUGAACAGUGGCAGUAACUAAAGUACAUUUACUCAUGUGCUUUACUUAAGUUCAAAUUCAAGAUACUUGUACUUGAGUCUUUUCCUCUCAUGCUACUUUCUACUUCUACUCCGCUACAUCUCAGAUAAUAAAUUAUGUUUAUACAAGUACAGCUGAAACCAUUUUCUGAAAAUGUAUUGCCAACUAGUGAUCAUUGUUUGUCUUUUUCAAUGCAGAGAGGCCAAACAUUUCAUGGUUCCAGCUUCUCAAAUGUGAAGGUUUGGACUGUUAGUUGGACAAAACCAAACAUUGUGGAGGUGUCACUUUGAACUCUGGGUAAUUGUGAUGCCAUUUCUCACUAUUUUCACUAUUUUCACAAACCAAACAAUCAAUCAAUUAAUUCAUCAGCAGAUGGAGACAAACUGAAAAUAAUCAUUACUUAAUAGUUUUAUAAUCAGCUCCAGCUCAACCAACUCCAACAGUCAAAUCCUGCUUAUAUUAAUGCUCUAAGCAAUAAUAAUAAGCAAUAAUAAUCUAAUGAUAUGUAUAUA